CGCCGGACGAGAUACACGGUUUUCCCUGAAAACAUUUUCAGGAGUAUUUUAUCGGUCUAACUUACGGAGAACGAAAUGAAGUGGCACAAAGUAUUGCUUGAAGAAUGAAUUUCAAAGGACUGCCGCAUCUUCUUUUGUUUCUGGGGCUAGUCAGGGUGGUGGCCCCAGGUCCACAGAUGAGAAGGCGUGUGGACCCCGAGCAAGUGAGGCCCUGUUCUUUAAUGGACCACGUCAAUGGUGCCCAGUGCGUCCAAACUGACUACCGAUUAUUAUGCCGCUAUGGAUUUUCUACUGAAUGGACCAGAGGACCUAAUUACGAAAUAACACAUUUGCGGGUGUUUGAAUGGCCGGGGGAAUGCUUCAACGUCGGUCGACUGCAGCUUCGAUUCCCGGAAUUACGUGUUUUGGAGUUCAUUAACUGCUCCUCAUUGAACACUUUCAAAGGGCAUUUCGAUGAACACAGUAAAAUAGAGAAACUGGUAAUGCAUGGUCUGACGUCACUGUGGGAGGUGCAAGCCGAUAUGAUUGUGCUGAUGCCAGAACUAAGAGAGUUGGACCUUCGCAACAAUGUCUUGCGGCAUAUGAAGGGUAGGCUGCUGAGAGGUCCACCUAGGCUGGACAGAGUCUUUCUGAGCGAUAACAAAUGGGACUGCAGCGAUGGAGGGUUAGACUGGCUGGCUAUGGAGAGGGAGAACGGGACAGUCAAGAGGAAGAUUGUUGACUACCACAAGCUCAUGUGUCAUCAACAGCUGUACAGGGGGAAACCGCUGCAUAAAGUCAUGGACAUAAUACGGAUGAUGCGUCAGACAUGUCCGGAGCCGUGCGAAUGCGAGAUGACCCACGUGGUGGCGGACCGCGCCGGCGCGGUGAUCCCUCUCAUCACUGUCGACUGCGCCGGUAGGGGCCUCGGGGAGCCCCCACAGACACUCCCCCCGAGGACCACCACUCUUCGCCUCGAGGGCAACAAGAUCAGUACGAUAAGAGGUAUAAUACAAAACCCACACUAUCAGAAAUUGGCUGAUUUGUAUCUGGACAACAACAGCAUAUCAGCUGUGAAGGAGUUGGACGGGUCUGAAUGGUUCACCGCGUUCCGUGUGCUGAGUCUUCGAGGAAACUUGCUUAAACAGAUUCCCGUGUACGCGUUCGACAAGGCUUUGCAGGGAAACAACAACAUAAUGCAUGUGUUUCUCGGCCACAAUCCUUGGAGGUGCGACUGCCACUUCAUUCCACGGUUCCAGGGUCUGCUCCUCAAGUAUCGUCGCGUCAUCCGCGACUUGCAGGACAUCAGGUGCUCGAAGAGCGACGAUAAGACUAUUUCACUCGCUCAGAUCAGCACGAUGCCUCUUGGCAACGUCUGCAGAAGCGGAGUAGAAAUGCCUAUAAGCACCAUCAACAUAGUAAAUAUAUCCCUUACAGCUUUAAUUUUACUGGUAAUAGGCAGAUUUCUCUAUGACUGGCACAGUUUUAAAACCACCGGAAAACUCCCGUGGUUGUCAUCUACAUUACCCUGAGUAGGUUCUGAAAGUAAUUGAUGUUUGGUGAAAAUGUUUGAAUAUUUUUCAGAUAAAAACAGUCAUUUUUAUUUAAAUAUAAUGUACCUCUACUUAACUACAUAUAAUUAUAAUUUAUAGUAAGUAAAUGAUAAUAAGAAUGAAGAUCUUAUCAAAUUAUGGUACUUACUUAAUUAUAUUUUAUUUUUGAUUCUAGAUUUGAUGAUUCCACAGACAAUAGUUACGUGUAGGCAGAGAUUAAUAUCAAACUCUUACUUCAAUUUAUGAACUAAAAAAGUAGGAGAAUGAGUCAAUUUUAAUAAGUGGAUAUUUUUUGACUUGUGUAGCUAGAUGUAUAUGUGUAAGACUAUUUUGAGAGACAGUCUGUGCAACGUAAUGUAUUUUAACUGUAAUGUAAUUUAUUUUUCUCUAUUCGGUUGAUUUUUUUAUUGUAU